ACCAACAGGAAAUCAUUCUCACCUGAAAUGCUGGGACCACCCUACAAUCACACAGUGGACACCCCUGCCAUCUUCUUCCUGGUGGGGAUUCCAGGUUUGCCAUCCUCACAUCUUUGGCUGGCUAUCUCUCUGAGUCCCAUGUACACCACAGCCCUGGUGGGAAACACCCUCAUCGUGAUUGCAGUCUGGAUGGAUUCCACUCUGCAAGAGCCCAUGUAUCAUUUGCUGUGCUGUCUGGCUGCUGUGGACAUUGUCAUGGCCUCCUCCGUGGUGCCCAAGAUGGUGAGCAUCUUCUGCUCGGGAGACGGCUCCAUCAGCUUCCAUGCUUGUCUCACUCAGAUGUACUUUGUGCAUGCGGCCACGGCUGUGGAGACAGGGCUGCUGCUGGCCAUGGCUUUUGACCGCUAUGUAGCCAUCUGCAGGCCUCUGCACUACAAGACAAUUCUCACCUCUCAAGUGAUCCUGGGUAUGACUUUGGCCAUCAUUCUUCGAGCUGUAAUAUCCAUGUCUCCACUGAGUUGGAUGGUGAGUCAUUUGCCUUUCUGUGGCUCCAAUGUGAUUCUGCAUUCCUACUGUGAGCACAUGGCUGUGGUCAAGUUAGCGUGCGCUGACCCCAUGCCCAGCAGUCUCUACAGCCUCACUGUUUCCUCUAUUAUUGUGGGCUGUGAUGUGGCGUUCAUUGCUUCCUCUUAUGUGUUGAUUCUCAGGGCGGUAUUUGGUCUCUCUUCCAAGAAAGCUCAGUUGAAAGCAUUGAGCACAUGUGGUUCUCAUGUGGGAAUCAUGGUUCUGUUUUAUUUGCCUGGAAUAGCAUCCAUCUAUGUAUCCUGGCUAGGGCAAUACAGAGUACCCUUGCACACUCAAGUGCUGUUAGCUGACCUGUAUCUUGUCAUCCCACCCACAUUAAAUCCUAUCAUUUAUGGCAUGAAGACCAAACAAAUUCAGAAGAGGAUAUGGAAUUUGCUGAUAUGUUGUCUCUUGGACCACUGAAACAACUGCUAUGGAACACAAAAUCUGUUUAGACUAUGAGUUUACCGCUAAAUAAAAAAUGCCUUGGAGAUCUAUUGAGCUGGACUGGAUCACUUGUUUAAUGAGUGUGUAAUUGGUUUCUUCAUAACUUUUCACUUUUUAGUUAAAAUGGGAAUUGAAAGUGUGCUGUGUCAUAAUAGCAUGUCAAUGGUUUCAAUCCACUUGUAUAUGUUCAGAGAUAUAUUACAUAGAUUAAGAAUUUUUCUUAGCAUCUGACCCAUAUUUCCUACCUGAUAUUCUCCCAGUCCCUCCAGUACUGAAGUUGCAUGUUGUGCAUACUUCCCUCUAUCCUGUCUCAUCAAAAUUAUUUCUCCAUUUAUGUGAUUUUAAUGGAAGAAGCCGUUGGUAUACAAUCUUGCCCUUUAGUCUGCUAAUGAACGCAUGUUACUUGGGUCAUGUGCUCAUACUUGGACCAGGGUCUUUGUGCAUGUGAAAUGGAUUCCAGUUGAUGAGAUGUAGACCUGGGCUUAAAGAUGUUGGAAAAAUCUGGA